AUGAAAAAAACAUUUGAUUUACCUAAAACUUCAUUAACUAAUAAAUGGAUACCACAAACAUUAUUACGUUCACAUCAAAAAACAAAUGUUAAUAAAAUACGUACACAAGAAGAAAAAGAUAAUGAAGUUUUUCGUCGAUGUCGUGCUUUACUUAAUAAAUUAACACCUGAAAAAUUUGAUAAACUUGCUGAUGAUUUAGCUAAUCCAUCAUUUGGAAUUGAUUCACCACAUUUAUUAAAAGGAGUUAUUUUACUUAUAUUUGAUAAAGCAUUAGCAGAACCAAAUUAUUGUUCAUUGUAUGCUGAAUUGUGUCGUCGUUUGGAUCGAGACGCACCAAAUUUUGAACCAUCUGAUGCACCUAUUCGAACAUUUCGUCGUUUACUCUUAGCUAAAUGUGAAUACGAAUUUGAAAAUCGUAUUCUUCUUGGACAAUCAACAACAAAUUCAAGUACAAUUGAUGACGAUAUGGAUUCACGAGAAGCUCGUAUUCAAGCUCGUAAAAAAGCUAUUGGAAAUAUAAAAUUAAUUGGUGAAUUAGGUAAACUUGAUCUUGUAUCUGAAGCAAUAUUACAUAAAUGUUUAAAAACAUUAUUAAAACGUGGUACAAAUGAAAAUUUAUCUGAACGUUGUGAAGAUCUUGAAUGUUUAAAAAAAAUUAUACAAACUGUUGGAAAAAAAUUAGAUCAAGGACAAGGUAAAAAUCUCAUGGAUCAAUAUUUAGAACGUAUUAAAAAAAUUCAAACACAAAAAGAUUUACCAUUACGUAUUAAAUUUAUUUUACAAGAUAUUGUUGAUUUACGUUCAAAUCAUUGGAUACCACGUUUAGCAUUUAUUGAAAAAGAAACAAAAUUAACUGAUGAUGAUGGUAAUCAACAAACACAAAUAACAUAUAAAUAUCAACCAACACAUACAAUGAUACCAUCAUUAACAAAUCCAUUUUCUUAUUCAUAUCAAUCAUCAACAACACCAACAAGUCUUUUUCAACGAACAUCAUUUCAUCCUUCAAUUUUACAACGUCCAAGACCAACAACACAAGUUACAUCGGAUAGAUAUCAAUUUGAAAGACUUAAUCCUUUAUCAACAGAAACUGAAUUACCAAAUGCUCCUACACCACGGCAGGCAUAUCGUUCAACAAAUUCUCCUAAAUCUCGUCUUCGUCAACAUGAUACUUUAACUAAUCCUUUUGAUAAUACAAUAAAAGAUAAUGAUUCAUCUCAUAAAUUAUCUAAUGGAAAUAUAAAUCGUUCAUCAAAUUCUCCAACAUAUACAAAUGGUUUAACAACAACAACAACAAAUGGAUCAACAAGUCGCCCAAAUUCAUCAUCAUCAUCAUCAUCAUUUAGUCUUCGUCCAAAACAACCAUUAAAUCAACGUACACCAAUGACAGAUCGUGAAGAAAUGGAUUCACUUAUAAUAUCUAAAUCAAUAAAUGAUUCAAAUAAAAAAUCAUCAUCAGAAAUUCGUACUAAUCAUCCAUUAACAAAAAAUAUGAAUAAUUUAUCAACAUUAAUAAAUAAAUCAAAAGAUUCACAUCAUCAUCAUCAUCAUCAUACAUCAAUAAAUAAAACUUCAAUUCAAACAACAUCAACAAUAACACGUGAUGAAUUAUUUUCAAAAUAUAAUUCAUUUCUUCAUAUGUCAUUUAAUGAUUUUGAAUAUAUACUUAAUGAAUUACGUUUAUUAAAAUUAUCUAAAAAUCAAAUUAUUGAAUUUAUUCAAUAUUUAUUUGAUCAAUCAUUACAUGAACAUAAUAAAAAUAUUUUAUUUAUUUCACGUUUAUUAAUUUAUUUAUAUAAAAAUACAUUUAUAACAAAUAAUCAAUGUAUAAAUGUUUUAACAAAUAUACUUUCAAAAAUUCAUGAUUAUGAAAAAGAAUUAUCAUUAUUUAAAUCUGAAUUAUCAACAAUUAUUGCAAAUAUUAUUUGGGCUUCUCUAAUUAAUGAUCAAGAUGAUUUAUCAUGUAAAAAUAUUGGUAAUAAUAUUUUAAAAAAGAAUAUUUCAUCAUCUUCAGUAUUAUUAUCAUUAAAUGAUAUAUGUGAUUUACUUAAAGAUGGACAACAUCAUCCACUUUUUCUUCUUUUACUUCAACAAUUACAGCAACUUUUUAAUAAUGAUGAAAAUUAUAUGUGCAAUUUACUUGAACGUUGUCGUAUAAAUAUGCGUGAUAUGUUACCUGAAAGUGAACGUCAAGAUACAUUACUUCUUCAAGUUCUUGAAGAUCGUGGUUUAGCAUAUUUAUGUUCACAUUUAAAAUUACGUGUUGAAUUACUUAAUAAACUUUCAUCAUCAAUUGAUUCAAAUGAAUUUUUAUUAUUUGUUGAUAAUCAAACAAAAAUUUAUGAUAAAAAUACACAAUCAUUUAUACAAACAUUAGUUUCAUGUAUAUAUGAAACAGCUAUAUUCUCAACAUUAACAUCAUCAAAAACAGAUAAAACAAUAUUAAAUCAAGAAAAAAUUUUUAUUGAAAAUCAUCGUCAAUGUUUACAAACAUAUAUUAAAACAAUUGAACAACAAGUUUGGGCUUUAUAUGCAUUACAAUUAAUUGGAUAUAAAAAUAAUUUUCCAAAAGAAUUAUUAUUACGUCUUUUUGUUUAUUCAUAUGAUUUAGAUAUAAUUGAAGAAGAUGCUUAUUUUAAAUGGAAAGAAGAUAUUAAUGAUGAUAUACCAGGUAAAGGUAAAGCAUUAUUUCAAGUUAGUAAAUGGUUACAAUGGCUUGAACAUGCAAGUGAAGAAUCGGACGAUGAUGAUAAUAAUAAUAAUAAUAAUAAUAAUGAUAAUCAUAGAAAAUCUCAAGAAAUUAUAUUGAAUGAUAAAGAAAAUGGUCAUGAUCAGAAGAAUAUAGAACAAGAACAAAAUGCAUGA